UAACAUAUCUUUGCUGCAAGCAGGAUUUGGUACAGUCUGUUCUCACUAUCCUUGCAGAUGCAGUGCCAGUUGUGUACUACUCCUUGUACUUCAGGUUACUCCAGCAGUCACUGUUACAGAUGCUGUGGCUUUGAGAAAGGCUGUGGGUAAUACACACUGACAAACGAUGCAGACAGCUCCAAGUAUACUGUGGUCAAAGGCAUGUCACAUUUGACCUGUCAGCUGCUAUGCGGCUAGCCUGUCAGCUAAAUUUAGCUACCGACCGUUAGCUGAACUGCAGCCGACUAGCAGAGAUACCCCCAGAAUGAUAAAGUUAAGCUAACAGUGAAACAAAACAUUACGAAAAGACAAAUAGCAACGCAACAAUGCAGAGUGCUGAAAACGACAAGGUUUAACUCUCGCAGAAUUUGGAAGUAAUUUUACUACAGCUCACUCAAGAGUCAACGAUGUUGUUAAGGUCCAGUAUAACACGCCUACUCGGAAGAGGGAAACCUUUGUUCCGUGAUCCGUUUAAGAGGAUUUGCGUAAACAUGUCGUCCUCCACUGCUUCGGGUAAGAGACUGCGGGUUCUGGUUGACAUGGACGGCGUCCUUGCGGACUUUGAGGGGGGAUUCUUGAAGAAGUACCGGGCCAGGUACCCGAGCGAGCCCUACAUCACACUGGAUGACAGGAGGGGGUUUUGGGUGUCGACGCAGUAUGGGCAGCUCAGGAGUGACCUGUGUGAAAAAGCCAUCAGUAUAUGGCAGUCCAAGGACUUCUUCAUAGACCUGGAGCCGCUGCCAGGAGGAGUGGAGGCAGUCAAGGAAAUGUCCAAGAUGGAAAACACAGAUGUCUUUAUUUGCACCAGCCCUAUAAAACAUUACAAGCACUGUCCUUAUGAGAAGUAUGCCUGGGUGGAGAAACAUUUGGGGCAAGGCUUUCUGGAGCAGGUCAUCCUGACCAGAGACAAAACAUUAAUUACCGGAGACAUCCUCAUAGACGACAAGCCUGAUAUUCUAGGGGUGGAGCCUAAACCAACAUGGGAGCACAUCCUGUUCACCGCCUGCCACAACAAGCAUCUGUCCACCAGCUCUUCACAGAGACGACUUCUGUCUUGGUCAGACGACUGGAGGGCAAUUCUGGACAGCAAAAGGCAGUGAGGGACUCCUUCACCAAACACCGUCAUCGCUCGGAGGAGGCGCUUGUCUUGCAGAGUCAGUGCUGAAAUUCAUUUCUGAAAAGGAGGAAGGUAAAGUAAUAAGACAGGAGUGAUUAGCCAAAUAAACAAUAGUAUACAGGUUGGAUGUUUCACACAAAGCAGAAACACUUGUUGCAUGAUGUUGGGAGAGGACAUUCACUUUUUUAACCACAAGGGGGCACUCUGAGACUGAGUGUGAAGUGGGGCUGACAACAACAUUUUCAUCAGUUUCACUCAAACAACUGUGACAGCAACACAGUCGAAACAUGAGGGCAAAAAUAAUUGAAAAUGGAUUCACAGUAAGUGGAAAAGGGCAGGCUGAACUUGUUGUUAGCUGCCCUGUGUCUGUUUACCAUACGUUUUGUCCACGUUUUACUGUGGACAUUAGAUUUUUAAGCUUCUGCAUGGAUAGACGGUUUCCUUCACAAAAGGCUUAUCACUGGUUGACAGUUUUGUGUUGCAUUUAUGAGUCAGUGGACUGUAUACAACAGGACACUCCACUACACACAAAAAUGUACAGAAAUAGCCUCCAAAGGUCAUAGGCACUGGCGAGGAUGUGCGAUACUUGAACACAGUAAAGUGACUCGGAUGUACAAAUACUGUAACUGUUAUGUCAGUUCAUUAUUUCACUGUACCAUUUGGGAGAGCACUGCAGUAGUGCCUGGGGUUAGUACACGUGUACAAAGCUAACCUCUAAAGGUAAUUACAGAGCUGAUGUGGUCAAGUUGGUGCUUUUUUUAAAAACUUAUUUCACAUUGAUCUAUGCAUCUCAACUAAUACAUUAAAGAGGAAAAAAAAUACUUAUUAUACACACAGAAAUGCACACAUACAUAUGCAUGUUGCCAAAACAUCACUAAAGUUGAGUAUAUUAGAAUAAAUGAACAAAAUCUCAAAGGAAAAAAAGAUUGUUUAAAAAAAAUGAGCCUGAGCAUAACUUUUAGAUGUAAGAAUGAACUAAACCUCAAAAAAGAUGAUUUUAUUCUUAAAUUGGGUUCUUUGUUUGAUUCGUUUUGUUUUUACAGGCUCUGCUUUCACACAGCCAGUCAAUCAGUUUUGAACACACCAUAUUUUAUUGAUUUCUGGUUAAGCUUGUGAAAUUACCUAUUGUAAACUCACUAAAAUAUGAAAAUAAUGUUACCUCAGUAUGUCCAAAACCAGCACACAGCAUCAGUUUUUAAAACAUGAUCUUGUUUAUUAGAUUUGUGAUCUCUUUGUCAUUUCUGAUGAAACAAAUCACCAUUUAUGGUUUAUAUUUUCAUUACGUCAGCAAAUAGAUAGAAUCUAUUUGUAUUUAUUUUAGCAUUUCAUUUAUGGUUUGAAAAUAUAUUUUCCCUUUCCACAUUUUAUGUUGUUGAAUUACAUGAGUCACAGAACUGUAUUUAUUUCAUUCAAGCCGAGCCACAAAACUCUCGCUGUCUUCUGUCUGAGGUGUAUUUGAGCGAGUGAACAAACAACUUCCUGUCUGGAUUUGCAUUUUUUCUGCUUCAUGGUCAAUCGAGGUAUUUUGUAAGUGCAUUUGAAUAAUUUUUGACUCUUUCUGGUCGGUUCAUUACAGAUUUGCCUGUUGUUGCUGUUGUGCUUAUUUGUGGGGGGUUCUGAGCAAGUGUUAUGGAAGACGUACUUAGUACUGAGUGCUGUGUUAUUGUGCCUCGUCUAAUGUACAAAUCAAACAUGAGACCUUUAAAUGCUGUGUUUUAUUCUGCCUCACUUAAAAUGUCUCCAAAGAAAAGAAUAAGAGGAGGGCCAAGGCCUUUUAAUGGCCCUAUUUUCGGUGCAGUUAAAGGUGAAUUUCUUUUUUUUUUUCUUUUUAGUUUUUAUACUUUUUUCAUUUAAAUUCACAUGAACUCAUAAAUAGGAUUUAACAGACGUUUGGAAUUAUCAUCCCUUUGUGUUUUGACAUUCCAGCAGUAUGGGACUGUUUCACUAAACAUCAUGAACUUUGUUGUAAUUUCCUCUCUCUGCUGAUCAUAUCAGUUAAGAACACAAGAAGAAACAGCCAAAUAUGAACAUUAGUCUAGACGGCGACUCGCCCUCAGUCCAUCUUAUUAUCACCAAGAUAGGCUUUGCUACAUAUGAGAAGCUGCUGCUAUCAAAUGUGAAUAUCUGCCUCCUUAUACCCAUAAAUCCCAAAAUGCAUUUUGGUAUUGAUUCUGUAGUUCUGCCUACAUUCCUCAUGAAACCCCCUGCAGAUCUUGGCUGGCCAUGAAAACAUGGACUCUGCCACACUUCUCAGAAGAAACACGCUACAGAAAGUUAAUUUAGAAGUAACAAAAAGUCCUUGCUGGGAAUGAAAAUGAGUCACAUUUAUCAAGCGAGCUCUUCUUUCUUACCGCAAAGUACAUGAGUAACCUUUAAGAUCAGCUCUUACCGCAAAAUUGAUCACAUGUAUGCGUAGAGAGGCACAGCGAGUCCGAGACAAGAAUUUAAAUUACAUCUGUCCAAUGGUACAUUCUUUAAAUACAGCAAAAAAACUUACUGGUACAUCAAGGGAUAUGUUAUUCUGCAACAGCAUACAUGAUUGAAUUCAUUGUAGUGUACUAUUACAAGUGUAUUUUGUUUAUGUAAAAUCUUAAAUAUCUCCAGUAGCAAUCAGGAGGAGGGAGUCUACCUCAGAGAAAAUGUAUGAUAACAUGGAAUUUAGUAAUACAGGUGCCAACAAUAAAGACUCAAAGUGGUGUGGUAUUCAGAAUGUAUAUUUGAAGCUAAUGGUUCAAAAGAAAGCUGCAAAUAUUAAGCAAAAAAAGGUCCCAAUUCUGAAUUAUAAUCAUUGCUUUAGGUACCCUGUCCCAUAAGGUGUGUCCACGGCCGUCUCUUAAGCAGUUAAAGAGAACUUCAGAUGUCACUCAAAUUUAGGAGCGUUUUUAAAAAAUAAUUAUAUUGAAAAACUCUCUGUUAAAAUUUCACUUUAAGAGUCCGUCAUGCAUUUUUCUUCAGUGUCAAAACGUGACACUUGCAUUUCCCACAAUGCAACUUGGCCACUAACUUUUCUCUCUGAGAUUCGGGCGUGUUAAGGCAGUAGUAGCUAAUUUAGCCCAAAGCUGUUAGCCUUAAGCAGAGCUGCACUUGUGUUUAAAGGUCACUUCUUCUUCCAUGGAUUUACUUCAUUUUUCAACUUGGAUGCUGACUCAAGUUACAUCACUUGAGACAAUUUGUCAGACUUCACAGAACACCCAAACUUUAUUUCACAUAUGCAGUAGUACUCCCCAACACGCGUAAUCCACAUCCUCUGAUGUUUCAAAUGAGUGACGUUUCUCUCUCGCCAGGAUGAUAAAUUCCUAUUCACUGUAAGGAAAAGAUCUGGAGAUCACAGAGGAAACCCAAAGAUGGAAGAGUGAACUCCAGUUAGAUGUAAAAAACAUGUCAGUCAAGAUCAGAUGUAGUAUCUCAUGUGUCCCUGCAGCUCUCUCAUCCUUUCUUUUCUUUAGCAUAGAGCCCUCAAUACACACCAGGACUGUGACCUGCUGCACUGUCAAGGUUACAGCGUUGCUUAUUUUUCAUACAUCUGACCACCACCAAGUGAUAAACUAGGUCAGCUGGCUCUCACAACUGCUGGAAGCUUACAUGGAGGAAGCGCUGCCCGUUCCAUUUGACCACCCAAAUGACAGCCAUGUUGUUGUUCAAAUGAAACUACAUGACAGCAAAAAGUCAGUCAUCCCUUGCAUAAACACUGCAUGUGUGUCAGUCGUAGGUGAGCCAUUUUUUUGUCAAUGAAUGUCUUGUGAUUGUGGUGCUGAUGUUCAUUUUUUAAGCAGCUGCUGUGUGUAUGGGAGAGAAAUGUUAAACCACGAUUCGUAAAGGACAGAUUUAAUUAAAAAAUUCUAAAAGUUUA